GCGAAAAUGGUAUAUAAAAAGAACGAUUUCAAUGUUACUUUGAAGGAAAAUGAAUUUUUUAAAGACAUUAUUGUUAACAUGCUGCGCGUGUGUGGUUCAUGCUGCAGAUUCACCGAUAAAGCAGAUGAUUUGCUCAAAAAAUGAACAAAUCAAAAAUUCUGUGCUACAAUGUCUUCAGUUAGUGCCAAGUAGUUUUUCUGAAUCAGUUGAGAGUUGCAAUCCAGGAGUAAAAGUGAAUGAAAACUACUCACAGUAUUUGACAUUUUUUUGCAAUCUUAACGAAGCUGAAAAGAAACAGUCAGAAAAUUGUGUGAAGAAGAAGAUGAGAGAAAAAGGGGAAUCUCUGUUAAAAAUUGCGAUGCCCCUUUUGAAAUGCUUUCAGAACAUAAAGACUUGAUGUUUCGGACCCACAAAACUCGAUUGAGAAAUUGCAUUGAUGUAUAACGAAGCUCUGCACUUGUUCCUUGUUAAGUUUUAUUUUUUGAUAGAAGCAAUAAAAAAACUUUUUUCUUUUAAAAAAAAAAA